UCUGUGUCUGUGUCGUCCCCGAAAUCCGCGAAAAAGAUGAGUUUUCCGUGGGAUUUUAGUAAACCGCCGCCCGGAUUUCCGUCUGUGCCGCACGUCGAUCCAGCGCAGGCGACAGAUUACGCACAAAAUCCGUAUUAUUCGUAUCAAAGCUACCCAGGAUAUGCUCCGGCACCGUAUAACAUGGGCUAUCCAGAACCGUAUUACGCUCCCACAGACUACCAAAUUCCUCCGCCGCCGCCGCCAGGAACGUCACAGCUGCCACAAAGUGUUCCGUAUCACGACAGAGGACGAUCAGAUCGCCCGGAGCGAGACUAUAGGAGAGAUCGGGAGAGUCAUAGUCGCGAUUAUCGUUCGCAAUCUAGAAGUCACAAGCCAUCGUACGAAAGAGACAGUCGAUCACGCUCACAUCGAGAUGACGGGUACAGAGAUUCAAGAUAUUCGACUGAUCGAAGUCGACAUUCCCCGAGAUCUUCCUCGUAUCGUGACCGAGACUCCAGAAGAGACAGAGAAUCUUCAUCUUCGAGGUCAAAAGAUGUUAGAGAUGAUUCUUACAGGCAUCGGGAUCGUUCGAGGGGUGCUUCCAUUGUCAGUAGUUCAGGAAAAUCAUCGGAAAAUAAACCACAAACAGAACGCGAUCGCAUCCUCGCCAACUGGCGCAAAAAUUUCUGCGAAACGGAAGACGACAUCACACGAAAAUUGAGCGAACUCUCCCAAAUCACGAACGCCAAAGAAACGUGGAUUCGCUCCUCUCCCGCCGACGUCUACUACAAACGCGUCAACGACAAAGAAGUCACCGCCACGCCGCGCCUCGAAGCCCUUUGCGACCUUUUCGAAGAAGAGCUGAGCAAACGCAGUGCCAAAGCGCGCGAAAAAAUGGAGCCAUAUGUGCCGCAACCCCGCAAACGUGUCAUAAAAGUUUGUCGUCACAAAUCCGAAAAAUGCUCGUCGUCCGAUGACAGCGACAGUGACAUCGACGAAAUCGAAGAUGAUUGCACGAUGGAGGAACUUUCGCGUAAAAUUCAACAUCCCUACCGCCUGCAUCCAGAUUUGUGGCAUAACGAGCCGUUGGAAAUGAACGAUGGACCGCUUUGUCGUUGCAGCGCCAAGUCACGUCGCACCGGAAUCCGUCACGGAAUUUAUCCGGGGGAAGUUAGUUACCCGAAAUGCGAUCCCAAUUCCAAUAACGCACACAAAUUGCAUCAUUAUCGCAUCACAAUUAGUCCUCCCACGAAUUUUCUGACCAAAACGCCGACAAUUAUCAAGUACGACAUGCACGAAUUUUUAUUUGAAGGAUUUUCCUUGUUGUCUCACGAGCCAAUUGACGAGUUGCCUACUUGCAAGGUCAUCCGUUUCAACAUCGAAUACACAAUUUUGUACGUGGAAGAACAAAUGCCGGAAAAUUUCACGAUUCGCCAACUGGAUCUCUUCGCCGAUUACGUUUUCCAGGAAUUAUUGGAGCUCGUUGACUUUUCUCUGAUGCCAUCAAGUGCCACGCCGGAGAAUUCGUGUCCUGCUUACCAUUUUUUGCCGCGUUACGUGAGAGAUUUGCCCGACAACGGCAAAGAAAUUCUCGCCAUGAGUGAAGUUAUGCGAUAUUUACUCGACUCGGCGACGCCUCUCAUCGAUCACGCCACUCUCAACGACAUGAACAACUUGAAUCAGCACGAAUGGCAGGAUUAUGUUGAUUACGUGAAAGGAAUGGUUGUUACGCGUCCCGGGAUGCGCCCUUGCAGUAUUCGUGUCGAUCAAAUUGAUCGAAAUGUCUCCGAUUUGCCGGAAGUUGCGAAAUCCGAUGAUGGGGUUCCGUUUCCGGUGGUUGUGCAUUUCGGGAUUAGACCACCGCAACUCAGUUACGCGGGAAACACGGAAUAUCAGAAAGCGUGGCGGGAGUAUGUGAAAUUUAGACAUUUGAUUGCGAACAUGUCGAAGCCAAGCUUUGAGGAUAAGAGAAAAUUGGAGGCGAAGGAGAAUAAAUUGCAGGAAAUGCGAACCCAAGGAAGGAUGAAACGCAAUAUAACGGUCGUUGUGACAUCAAAAGGCUUCUAUCGCACGGGAAUUAUGUGUGACAUGGUGCAACAUGCGAUGCUGGUGCCUGUUCUCUCUGGUCAUUUGCGUUUCCAUCGAUCUCUGAACAUUCUCGAGGAGUCCAUCGGAUACAAAUUCAAAAAUCGCUACCUUCUCCAGCUGGCUCUCACACACCCGUCAUACAAGGAAAAUUUCGGCACAAAUCCCGAUCACGCACGCAACAGUCUCACCAACUGCGGCAUCCGUCAACCCGAAUACGGCGAUCGCAAAAUCCAUUACAUGAACACGCGAAAACGCGGCAUCAACACUCUCAUCAAUAUCAUGUCGCGCUUCGGCAAGGAAUACGAAACUGACAGCAAUAUCACGCACAACGAACGUCUGGAAUUUCUCGGGGAUGCAGUUGUGGAAUUUUUGACGUCAAUUCAUCUGUUUCACAUGUUCCCGGAUUUGGAGGAAGGCGGUUUGGCGACUUAUCGUGCGGCAAUUGUGCAAAAUCAGCAUUUGGCGGUGCUGGCGAAAAAACUGCAUCUCGAGGAGUACAUGUUGUAUGCACACGGAUCGGAUUUGUGUCACGAACUGGAGUUGCGACAUGCGAUGGCGAAUUGUUUCGAAGCUCUAAUGGGCGCUUUGUUGCUCGAUGGCGGCAUUAAAGUCGCCGAUAAGGUCUUUUCGUUCGCUCUUUUUAUGGAAAAUGACGAAUUACGAGCCACGUGGGAGAAUUAUCCGCCGCAUCCGUUGCAGGAACAAGAACCGCUGGGCGAUCGACAGUGGAUAGAGUCCUAUGAAAUGUUGAAAAACCUCACGAAAUUCGAAGAUUCAAUCGGAAUUCAAUUCAGACACAUUCGAUUGUUGGCACGAGCUUUCACGGAUCGCAGUAUCGGCUACACUCACUUGACAUUGGGCUCGAAUCAGCGUCUGGAGUUCCUCGGCGACACAGUUUUGCAAUUAAUUUGCUCGGAAUAUCUGUAUCGGCAUUUUCCGGAGCAUCAUGAGGGACAUUUGUCGUUGUUGCGCAGCAGUUUGGUCAAUAACAAGACGCAAGCGGUCGUCUGUGACGAUCUCGGAAUGACCCAAUAUGCCGUUUAUUCGAACCCGAAAGCGGAUCUCAAGACGAAAGAUCGCGCGGAUUUGCUGGAAGCCUUUUUGGGAGCACUUUAUGUUGAUAAGGAUCUCGAGUACUGUGAGACUUUUUGUCAUGUGUGCCUGUUUCCGCGAUUGCAGGACUUUAUUAUGAACCAAGACUGGAACGAUCCGAAAUCAAAGUUGCAACAAUGCUGUUUGACGCUUCGCACAAUGGAUGGAGGCGAGCCAGAUAUUCCCGUUUAUAAGGUGACGGAAUGUAGUGGACCUACGAAUACCCGAGUUUACACUGUGGCGGUUUAUUUCAGGGGAAAACGUUUGGCAUCCGCUACGGGCCACAGUAUCCAACAAGCUGAGAUGAAUGCCGCUAAACAAGCACUUGAAGACUCCAAAGGUCUCUUCCCGCAACUGGAUCAUCAAAAACGUGUCAUUGCACGAAGCAUGAGGAAGCAAAAAGUCCCGAUCGAAAAUGACACGAAAGAAGACAAAAAAGAUCAUCGGGACAAUUCAUCAAAUGACGAAUCCAGCAAACUUCCCAUGCAAUAUCGCAAACGUGCUCAAACUUCCUCCGAUGACAGUGACAAAAGUGAAAAAUCUGACGCCUCGUCGGUGAAAUCAGUGAAAAAACGGAGCAAACGCAAAAAACGUCGAAUAAGAUCGCCAAAAAUUCGUGUCACGCCACCAAAUGCGCCCUCCGACUCGCACAAAAUGGAGAGUUACAGCUCGUUGUCGGACAAUAGUUUGCCAUCAGCAGACGAUGACGACGACAUGUCCAUCAAGAAGAGCGACAUAAAGCAAAUGGAAAAGGAUUUGUGUGAAUUGAAUGACAGCACGAGCAAUGUGGCAAUUGGAAAAGUUGAAGGCACGGAAGAAUUGUCCUCAGAUGCGGAGUCGGGAGAAAUUUUUUAGUGAAUAACUAACAUUUAGUAGAUCAAUAAAAGCAAUUUUAGUCUUAAAAUUGAGAGUGAAAGAGAGUAAAAAUAAAA